GAAGCCUCAAGCUGUCCUUUCACAGGACAGGGGAUGGCAGGUCUUGGUAACCUGGCAGGUUCUGGGUUAAACAUCCCCAUUCUUCCCUCUUGUGGGGCCUUAGCUGAGAGGACCAGAACAUAGGCAGGGUGGGUCCUGGGGCUGGGAGCCAGAGCCCUGAGUCAUAGGGAGACCAAAGAGUCAGGGCCAGGGCAAGACACGCUGAGCCAGAAAACCUGGAGGAAAGCCAUGGUCUGAAUGCUGGGAGGAGGGAGAAGUCACCAGAUGCAGGCAAGGUCACAGGAGGGGACCGAGUCAGGACUGGAGCUAGGAAUAAGCUCCAGCAGGUCAGGGUCACUCGGGGCUGCUACAGGAGAUCCUGACCCUGUGCCCGGAAAUCUCCAGUGCUAGGGGCCGGCUCUCCAGGGCUGACAGUGGCCUAAGUGUGGUAGACUGGCCCCGGCUGGGGAUGUAUGAAGCCAGGAAGGUGCACUAGUUGCGAAGCCCUCCUGGAUCAGGCUUCGUGGUAGACAUCCACCUCUUCAGUUACAAUAGAACAUCUCUAACAGGCCCCUCAGGCCUAGACCCACCUCUGCUACCUGGGGGUGCAGCUCUGCGUCCUAACAGCUGGAGUCACCCAGCUCCGUGCCUCAUCUGUGAUUACUCAGUCAGGCCCCCACCCUCUCUUUGGAUGAAAACUGCAUUCUUCAAGAGCUUUACUCUCAGAGACUUUCCAUAUAGUGGCUCUUUGGUCUUUAAACUAUCUGGAAAUAAUUUCAAACUUUCAAAAGUUGCACAAAUAAAAGCAGCACAAUAUAGAAAUACUCAUUUCCCUCCUGAACCAUCUUAAAAUGUUGACCAUCUUUCUGAAAAAGAAUCUCCAUGGCCUGAACAUUUUCUGGAAAUAAUUUUGAGCAAAAUAUCUGUUUAAUAGAAAGAUAACCACAUCAAGAUGGUUGGAAAACUGAAGCAGAACUUACUAUUGGCAUGUCUGGUGAUUAGUUCUGUGACUGUGUUUUACUUGGGCCAACACGCCAUGGAAUGCCAUCACCGAAUAGAGGAACGUAGUCAGCCUCUUAAAUUGGAAAGCACAAAGACGACUGUGCGAACUGGCCUGGACAUCAAAGCCAACAAAACCUUUGCCUAUCACAAAGAUAUGCCUUUGAUUUUUAUUGGAGGUGUGCCUCGGAGUGGAACUACACUCAUGAGGGCCAUGUUAGAUGCACAUCCUGAUAUUCGCUGUGGAGAGGAAACCAGGGUCAUUCCCCGAAUCCUGGCCCUGAAGCAGAUGUGGUCACGGUCGAGUAAAGAGAAAAUACGCUUGGAUGAGGCUGGUGUCACCGAUGAAGUGCUGGAUUCUGCCAUGCAAGCCUUCUUGCUAGAAAUCAUUGUUAAGCACGGGGAGCCAGCUCCUUAUUUAUGUAAUAAAGAUCCUUUUGCCCUGAAGUCCUUAACUUACCUUGCUAGAUUAUUUCCCAAUGCCAAAUUUCUCCUGAUGGUCCGAGAUGGCCGGGCAUCAGUACAUUCAAUGAUUUCUCGAAAAGUUACUAUAGCUGGGUUUGACCUGAACAGCUAUAGGGACUGUUUGACCAAGUGGAAUCGUGCCAUAGAAACCAUGUAUAACCAGUGUAUGGAGGUUGGCUAUAAAAAAUGCAUGUUAGUUCACUAUGAACAACUGGUCUUACAUCCUGAACGGUGGAUGCGAACACUCUUAAAGUUCCUCCAUGUUCCGUGGAACCACUCAGUAUUACACCAUGAAGAGAUGAUUGGGAAAGCUGGGGGAGUAUCUCUGUCAAAAGUGGAGAGAUCAACAGACCAAGUCAUCAAGCCAGUCAAUGUAGCAGCUCUAUCAAAAUGGGUUGGGAAAAUACCUCCAGACGUUUUACAAGACAUGGCAGUGAUUGCACCCAUGCUUGCCAAACUUGGAUAUGACCCAUAUGCCAAUCCACCCAACUACGGAAAACCUGAUCCCAAGAUCCUUGAAAACACUAGAAGGGUCUAUAAAGGAGAAUUUCAGCUACCUGAAUUUCUUAAAGAAAAACCUCAGACUGAGCAGGGGGAGUAGCAGAGCCAGGAGCCUCUUACAUCCUAAGGGAAGACUGAUGCCUUUUCAUCUAGAACUGGCUGUCACCUGCUGAGAUCCAUGGAGUGUACGUACCAUGGCCCGCAUCUCCUGUUCAUUUGUCAGACUCCUCCCACUGAGAGGGUGGGAUGAAGAACACAUUUGGGCCUUCCUGAGUGAUCUGUGCCCUGAGCACAGCGCUCUUGAUUCUAUUGCAUGCACAACCCAGCGGAUUAGGAGCCCCGAAGGGACGUGCGCUUUCUGUUAAAACUGCUCUGGUCCUUAUCUUUUCUUACCAUAUUCAAACUUUGUUUUAAAGGGGAGGGUUUAAAAUUGGCAUUCUGUAAGUAAAAUUGGUCAGUUUCUCUUGGUUUUGUAGAAUACUCGUACCUGUUUAUUGAUGUGGAUAAUACUAAAUAUCUUAAUUAUUUAAAUUGUAUUGUUUCUGAGAAGUUGAGGGAUUCCUGUAUACAUUUACAAUGUAAUGACUUUUGU